AUGACAUCUGAGACGGGGCUUAAUCGGAUAACUACUCUGACAACUUGCGAAGGAAGUAUUUGUAAUUUGCUUUGUCACCCAAAGAACGGGAUGCUUAUUGUAAUUACGAGCAAAGGAAUUCUAUACCAUCAACAACUGGCACCCCCAAACGGUGCAACGGCUCGUGAAAUCACAAAGAUGAAACUUGCGGUCAACUUCACCGGUCGUCCUUCAAUUACAUGGGCAGGACAAAGUGUAUUGGCAAUGGCACUGGGCGAAUCAGUCAUACGUCUGUGGGAUGUGGAAAGAGCCGACAAUUAUACACUGGAACCAAAUGUGUCAGAAUGCGAAACGUCAGAGAAAGCAGUCAAGGCAAUAAAAGUUGCUUAUUCCUAUAGGCAUCAAAUUCUCGCUUGUGGUCUGAAUAACGGAAUGGUUGCAUUUUGGCAAUACGGUACAGAGUUGACAGGCAAGAAUAAUCUCCAUCGAACGACCGAAUUCACGGAGGCUUCAGAAGAAGAUCCGAACGAGAACUGGCCAAUCGGUGUUCAGAGUCCAGACAGGAAUGAAGUGGAACGGGGUCCUGAGUAUAACUGGCAUCCGCAACCGACUGCCAUUCUUACAUAUCGGACGGAGGAUGAAUUCUCAGCCGGAUUGCCGGAAACUGGGCGUCAUGUGUACGUGCUCUCUUGGGAUGGGGAUGACGAUCGACUGGCUAUCGCAGUUUCUGCCCGUCAUGCACAAGAUUCUUCCGUGUUCAAUCAUGGGUUAAACAUGAAGUGUGCCGCCUAUCUUCUGGAGCGUCAGCCUCUGUGCGGUGGGUUCGGAGGUUCUGGUUGUGCUGUGGUUCAAACUGGACCCCGAUCGUUGGCUAUGCUAACCACCGUUCAGCCGGGGAAAACGGGGACUGCAGUCAAAUCGGACGCCGAACCAGUAACGGAAAGUCUCAACCCGUUGUCAAUACCGACCAACACCAACCUUCCGGCUUCCUUCAUUGUGACGUCUACUGCUUUACGUCCAGGAAUGGGAAAUCGGAAAAUCACUUCACUCCAAGAUGAGAAUCAUCCAGUUCCGUUGAUCAGAGAGCACGAGGCUCAAGUGGAAGACCAGAUUAGAGCUCUGUAUUGUACACCAGAAUAUUUGUCCUAUUGGAAUGGUAAUCGUAUUUCGACUUUCAAACACGCAACCGGUGACUGUAUCGUUCAUUUUGGUGACAUUUGGUUUCUUGUGAAUCUCCGCAUAAACGAGACAUUAAUGAUCAUUCUCACUCUGACCGAAUUAUGUGUACACAUUUCAGCCAGUUUUCCGUGUGAGUUUCGCCUGGUGGGAAUGCACGAUCAGAAUCUGUUCACCGUGGAGCCAUUCAAGUUGCAAGUUCGUUCACUUCAAUGUCGGGCUGUAACGGAACAGAUUAAACCCAAUCAAGAAACACUGAUGACUGCCAGUGCCUCAUUACGUGAGAUCCGCAUCGCGCAUGUGGCUAUCAAUAAUAGAGGGGAUGCAAUCAGCUUCUCGGUGGAGAUCGUGGCGGACGGGAGUGUGUGUGAUGCAAGAUGGCCAAAAAUAACCAGUACACGGGAUGAUCCUAUUGUGAAUUCGAAAACCCGGCCUCCAUUAGUUCGUGAUCAAGGUCCAAAACCAAUCGCGGAAAAUCGAUUCAAAAGCACAAAUAAACUAUGGAUCCCAGAUACAAGAAUCUAUAUAUAUCACAUAGAGAAAGAUAAAAUGCAAUACUUUGAUUGUUGUGAGUUAACACGUCAAACCACGUUGAUCGGUGGACUUUUAGACUCACGCGAAUGUGGAGGUCGCUGGCCCCGUAAACACUACUGGGAUCAGUAUGAAUCACGAUUACUAGUGAUGGAAGCGGCUGGUCUUCCUAAGGAACAUCCGUUGAUCAAGCGAGGCACACGAAGUGGCCCAGAACGAUUUGAUAAACACCCGUUGCAAUCGGACUCUCCCGAAAACCCGAACAGUAUGAUUGAGGAAGAUUUACGACUGCAACUCCAUUCUACCAGCCCAAGCAGUAAUUUGACUCGGGUGCAAAGUCGUCAGUCAAGCAAAAUUACCGACUUCAUACCGCCAAUUAAACCGCACUGUUUUACAAAGCUAUCAACCCUAAUUGUCUCAGUGUUUACUGGAGCGGAACAAAUCAAACCCGUGGUUCAGGAACAAUUCCCUAUGGCUAUACAAUACAGUGCUCUUCUAGGAAUCGAAGUACCGUAUUAUUAUUUCUCUGUCCGCUGUGAUCUUGUGUAUCGCCUUGUCACCGAGCAAGGUCAACGCAGACGCGACAUGGUCAAUGCAUCGGGAAGACGUUUAGUCGGAGAUGAGAACGGUGCUUUAAAUGGUACCGUACACGAUUUGAUUGAUAAUGUAACUGAUAAAACUGCUUCUUCUGCGGAUAAAUUGAUCGAAAAGCGAUCAAUCGAGUCGGAUGCAAUUGUCAAUCCAACACAAUCGGACUCGACCGGAUCGGAGCGUCGAGGACAUACCGGAUUGAAAAUCCACUAUAUCCAUCGACGUAUCAUGCGUGAUUUUCUCGAUCUCGAAUGGACCGAUGCGAAUACGCGAGAAGCAAUGCUGGCGUUUAGCUACUAUUUGACAAUGGGCGAAAUGGAUGCCGCAUUUAAAGCGAUGAAGCUAAUAAAAAGUCCUGCUGUAUGGCAAAAUAUGGCUCGAAUGUGUGUGAGUACAUGUCGUCUGGAUGUGGCUCGCGUUUGUCUGGGCAAGAUGGGCGAUGCGAUGGCUGCCAUGAUGGUUCGAGAAGCCAGGCAACGAGAACCAGAACCAGAAGCCCAAGCAGGUGAACUGGCUCUUCAGUUGGGAAUGCCGGACGAAGCUGAACGUCUCUUCACCCAGUGCUGUCGGUGGGAUCUAGUGAUUCGACUAUACCAGUCAUUGGGACAGUGGGAAAAGGCGUUACAAGUAGCAGCUACUCAUAACCGAAUCUCUCUACGAGCUACUCACUAUGCUUAUGCCAAAGAGUUGGAAACCAGUGGAAAGAUUAAGGAGGCUAUGGAACAUUAUAUUUUGUCCGAAACACACCGAUUUGAAGUUCCACGAAUGUUGAAGUCAUCCCCGAUUCUUCUGGAGACCUUCGUUAAUCAACAGCAGGACAAGACAAUACAUCGUUGGUGGGCUCAGACAUUGGAAUCCGAGGGUCGAUUGGAUGAGGCUAGAAAUUAUUACUUUCAGGCUAAAGAAUACUUGUCCCUGGUCCGUGUGCUCUGUUGCUUAGGCAAAGAAGGUGAAGCGGAAGCUUUGUGCAAUGAAACUGGAGAUCCUGCCGCUUGUUACCACUUGGCCAGACAAAUGGAAGCAUGUGGUAAUGUGGAUCAGGCCAUCCGGUUGUUUACCCGAGCCAAAGCAUAUUCCAGCGCGGAGCACAAUCGGAACGAUCACCUAUACAGUCUAGCUCAACUCGGUCGACCUGAGGAUAUGCUUGAGGCUGCGAUCCACCUGGAAUCUUGUCCGUCACACGCGCAUAAAGCGGUACUUCUUUUUCACAAGGCCGGACAAAUUGGACGUUCUGUUGAGUUGGCAUUUAAAACGCGGCAAUUCGCAGCUUUGCAAGCAGUGGCCGGAUCUCUGGACGAUCGCAUCGAUCCAGCCCUACUCAAACAGUGCGCGGAAUUUUUCACACAGAACAAUCAAUUUGAUCGUGCUGUGGAUGUUCUUGCUGCCGGAAAACAGUACUGGGAUGCCCUAAAACUGUGCGGCGAAUACAAUGUGCCUAUCAAUGAGGAGUUGGUGGAAAAGUUAACCCCACCACUUCCGGGCGAAGCCGAAUCAGGAACGAACAUAAAACGGGGUUCCGAACCCAUGUCUGAUGCCGAACGAACAAGCAUAUUGAUUGAACUAGGGGAACUGUGUCUGGCACAAGGUCAAUAUCACUUAGCAUGCAAGAAAUUCACGCAGGCUGGCAGUCGUUUGGCAGCAAUGAAAGCUCUGUUACGCUCCGGUGACACGGAAAAAAUUGUCUUCUUUGCAAAUGUCAGCAAACAGAAAGAAAUUUAUGUGAUGGCGGCCAACUAUUUGCAAACAUUGGAUGAAUGGCGCACAAAUGUUGACACUAUGCGUACUAUUGUGAAUUUCUACACUCGCGGUAAGGCUCCAGAAUCUCUGGCAUCGUUCUACGAAGCAUGUGCACACGCUGAGGUGGAGGAAUUCGGGAGUUACGAGAAGGCCACUGGAGCAUUGACUGAGGCAUACAAGGUGCUCCUAAAAGCGAUCAGCUCAGACGGUGCAGGCGAGACCAACGAACUACGAUUGCAAAAGCGAUUGGCUCAGAUAAAAAAUAAAGCUACCAUGUGCAAAGAAUUCGCAGAAACACAGUUAUUGUUCUCCGUCAACCCGAUGGAAGCAAUGCGCAAUUGUCAAACCCUGCUGGAGCACACAGAACCAGGAGACAUUCUGCGUCCGGGGGACAUUUACGCGGCAAUGAUUCGCGAAUUUGUUGCCAAGGAGAAAUAUCAGGCCGCUCUCGCUUGCAUGGAAGAGAUGCGUGAACGAUUACAAAUCACGAAUCAGUCAAUCGCGCGUUAUCUUGAUCGUAAAACACUCGACAACCUACAUGAUGCACUUAAUCUCUCACCAGCCGCAAUGACCGGAAGUGCAGAUGGCCCAAAAAGCGAUGUGGAUAUGGUUGAAUCACCCGGUUUUGAUGAUCCUAUUUUGGAAGCUAGUCUCAGUGAUGCCAGUGACGAGGACAACUAA